UAUCCAGGAACACUCUGGUGCGGAAUGGGGAACAACGCUGACACUUACCAGCACCUGGGAGAAUUCUCAGAAACGGACAAGUGCUGUAGAGAACAUGACCAUUGUGCUCAUGUCAUCCAUCCCCUGAUGUCCAACUAUGGCCACCGGAAUUUCAGAUGGCACACUCUGAGCCACUGUGACUGCGACAAUCGAUUAAAACAAUGCUUAAGAGAUGUGAAUAAUACAGCCUCCAGAGUGGUUGGACAAGCCUUCUUCAACGUGUUGGGGGUGCCAUGCUUUGACUUUGUCUAUGAAGAACAGUGUGUGGAGAGGUACUGGUACGGAUGGUGCAGGAAGUACGAUCGGGUGCCCAUCGCUGUCCCCAGAGAUUCUGUUCUCUAUGACUACGGGGGAGACUUGAUUGAUGACCUAAUUCUGAGGCCAGAGCCUGGUUCGGAGGAGCCCAUGACCUUGCCCCCGGCCAGCAUUCCCCCGGCAUUUACAGCGGCUCCAGGAUCUGCCAAGGCAGAGCAGUCGACUCUGGGUCAGAUGCUGAAUGUGGCCGAGGAUGUCCUCAAAGUCAUGGCCACCGUCACCCAGAGCUCGGCCCAUUGCAACGAUCCGGGCGGCGCCACGGGGACUGACGAGCGCAAAGCGUCCGAGAAGGGCAGGAAGAAGGAGAGGAAAGGGAAGAAAGGCAAGAAGAGGAGGAAGGGCAAAGGGAGGAAGAAGCAUCGCAAAGCCAAAUGCAGCACGUCUACCAAUCGCUUCCCGGGCCUGGAAGACCAGGGAAUGCAGAGCAAGAACUUCCUGGGUGAGGUGGAGAAGAUUGGAAGUGACAAGCACCUCAAGCAAAAUGUACUGGACAAUUCCUUGCAAUUGGAGAGAAGCGAAGAUAUAUUCAACCAUGUGAUGAACGACGACCCCUACAGGGCUCAACCCAUGACUCCAACUUCCCAGACGUUCACUCAAGCGGUCUUGAAACCAGACACCAACUUUCACCUUCGCACGGUGGAAAAUCCCGCACCUAGAGAGACGACAACGAACCCUAAGCUUUACCACCAGGUCCCCACCGAGUCAGUCCAAAAGCGAGGUCAUCUGGGUGGAUUCGUCAGUGAUGAGAUACUGUCACUCGUUGAGGAAGGUCCCAACUCCAAGGCCGUCCAGAAAGGGACUUCUGCCAAAACGCUUCUCAAGGCCACAGCCCACAAAGAGGAGCCUCUCGCCCCGUUGGAUGUUCGUCGGAAUCUUAAGCUGGUGGAAGGCGGAUCGAAACUCGAAGCCAACCAUCCCGCCCACGCCUCGCAGCAAAGCAGAGGCAAGAAUCGGAAACAGCGUCGCAAGGGCAAGGGAAGGAAAAAGCACCGUCAGAAAUCACAGCAGAAAAAAGGACUUGGUUUUACUGAGCACACCUCCGUCUCCCGGGGCAAGACCGCUCGCAGCGAACUCGCUAACUAGCGUUUAAAGUUUCAUAAUCCGUACUUGAAACGAGCCCAAAAAACACAGCAUUGGGAAUCAUACUAAAAUUCUCUUAACCAUCACGAAAUUGGGUUUAGAUGUAUUGUCACAAGUACAGGAAGCAGAGAACU